AAGAAGAUUCAGAAUACAAAGAAUCCAUGUUGGUUGUGUUUGGUGUGUGUUUGUUUUGUUUCAUGAAUUGAUUGUUUGUUUUUGGGUGAAAAGAAAAAUUAGUAGUGAUUUCAUAAGCAAAAGUAUUCGUUUCUUUCGACAACAACAAAAAAACUAAACAGAAAGAAUGGUGAAAAGAACAGAUAAUUGGAACCAUAUAAAUAUGGUUGGCAUAAUGAUUGUGAUUGAAAUAAUAUUUUAUUGUUCAACAUUUAUACAAGCAGCUUUAUAUCCAGCCGCAUCAAACAUUAUAGAAUCGGGCGAUACGUUUUCCUAUUUAUCAGGUGCUAAUCCUUAUGAAUUACAUAAUGUGGAUCCAUCAUCAACAUAUCAUGAAUCAUUCUUUGCUGUUGCACCCGGUGUACUGCCCGAAUUGGAUAAUGGUUAUGAUGGAUUUGAUUAUCGUAAUGAAUAUUCGCCAAAAUUAUCGACAAUUUUUAAAAAAUAUUUAAAGCGUCCAUCAAUCAUCCCGCAUGAAGAUAAUUGCCAUUUGCAUGAUGAUCAAUAUGGCCAUUAUGGUCAUCAAUAUGAUAUUGAUAUUGGCGAACAUGAAAUGAGUUAUGCUUUUCAAAAAGCCGGCUUAAAAAUCGAAGAAUAUGAACGUGCUAAUCAAGAAUAUUUGGCAAGUGAUCCACGUGGUUUAAAUUUUAGUGCCUAUGUUUAUGUUGCAUCAUUACAUUCCAAAUAUAAUGAAUUUGUCACCAAAGUUUUAAAAAAUAAGAAAUGUUUAUCGCGUAAGAUGAUAGCCACUCAAUUGCCCAAAGUUAAAAUACCACCGAAUCCAUGGAAAAAGCAAAAAUAUUGUGAAAUGCAAUCACCAGUUUCGCUGACAACCUAUUGUCAUCCGGAUGAACCAUACAGACGCAUCGAUGGCAAAUGUAAUAAUCUGAUGAAUACUAAUCUUGGUUCAUCGUUUCAUUGUUAUCGACGAUUAUUACCGCCGGAUUAUGCUGACGGUAUUCAUCGAAUUCGUUUGGGUGUCGACAAUCGUCCAUUACCAUCACCUCGUUUGAUUACGCAGUUAUUGAUGCCCGAUUUAGAUCUGAACGAUCCAUCACUAUCGGCAUUACAUUUAUCAUGGGGACAAGUUGUGGCUCACGAUACUUAUCGUACUAUACAGAAUUUAGGAUUGGCCAUCGAUUGUUGUCGAUUAGUAAAUCCGGCUACAAAAGCACAGGCUGCCAGUUCAUAUAAACCAAGUCAUGUAUUUUUGGAUCCAGCUGGCAAUAAAGUGCCCAUACCACAUCCGGAAUGUUUACCAAUCACUAAUUUCAUUCCCAACAAAGCGACUGAAAUGUUUAAUCAAAUUUGCUUGAAUACUGUUCGAUCGAUUGCUUGUAAUACUUGUAGUCUGGGACCUAGAAAUCAAAUGAAUGCUGCCACUCAAUUAUUAGAUCUUUCUCAUGUUUAUGGCGGUAAUCUCAUCAACAAUUCGGAAUCAUUACGAACCUAUAUUGGCGGACAAUUGUUGACAGAUUUUGCCAAGAAUGGUGAAAUCAGAAUGGUGCCAAUGAGCGGUAAACAUGACACAGAUACAUUGGAUCUGACACCAUGUAAUCCACCAUUGAAUAAACCCAACAUUGGUUGCUUCCGUACUGGUGAUGGUAUGCGAGGUAAUCAAAAUCCAUUUAUUGCAUCGUUACAGACUUUGAUCAUUAAACGCCAUAAUCAUCAUGCUGCUGGACUUCAUUUGGUCAAUAGCCAUUGGUAUGAUGAACAACUAUUCCAAGAGGCCAGACGUUUGACGAUUGCCGAAAUAGUUAAAAUCCAUUUUGAUGAAUACAUUCCGCUAGUGUUGGGCAAACGAUUAAUGAAAUAUUUUCAUUUGAAUGUUCGAAGCCAUGGUUAUACUAAAUACAAUCCUCAUAUUGAUCCAUCUAGUAUUCAGGAAUCCGGUACUAGUGCUAUGCGUUUUGGACAUAGUCAAACACGAUCACUUUAUAAAGUAAUCUACGAUAAUCAUGUUCACAAAACAACCAUUAUGCUCAAGGAUCGUUUUUUCAACAUGGUUGAAGUUUGGAAAGGACAAAUUACACCGAUUGUUCGUGGCUUAUUAGCCGAAUCGGCCAAAAACAUUGAUCCUUACGGCGUUAUUGAUAUUAAGGAUUUUCUAUUUUUCAAUCCAAGACGACCAUCUAUUGUCGAUUUGUUUUCGAUUAAUGUGAAUCGUGGUCGUGAUCAUGGCAUACCAGCCUAUGUUUAUCUAUUGCAAUAUUGCACUGGUUAUGAAGUUCAUUCGUGGAAAGAUUUGGAAAAGUUUAUGCCUGCCAAAAAAGUAAAAUCAUUAAGAAAGGUUUAUAGACAUUAUCGUGAUAUUGAUCCAUUUGUUGGCGGAUCGAUGGAGUAUCAUCUGAAAGGAUCACGUGUCGGUCCGACAUUUGGUUGUUUAAUAGGCAUUCAAUUUUAUCAUUGGAAAUAUGGUGAUCGUUUCUAUUUUGAACAUGGUGGUGAAGUAGGAUCGUUCACACCUGCUCAAUUACAGGAAAUUCGUAAAAAAGCUACAUUGGCCAACUUGAUUUGUAAAACAACUCAUAUGGAUACUAUUCAAGUAAGCCCAUUCGAAGAAAUAUCCACACAUAAUCCGAAAAUACCGUGUGCAUCACAACCCGAUUUUAAUUACGAAUUAUGGCGUGAUGGUUAUCUGCAUAAAUGAAAACAUCUAUAACCAAUUCAUUUACCAAUGAUUAGCACACAUCAAUCGAAUCGAAACCCAAUCGGAUAAAUUUAUCCAUCCAUAUUGACCUCUCUCUCUCUCUUAUUAUUGAAUGCACUGAUACUCUUAAUCUUUGUACAGCCAUAUUAAACUACAUAACAUAAAAUAAUAAUCAUAAUGAUGCACAGAGACUUGUAAACAAUUUCUGUUUCUG